AUGGUUUGGUCUGGUUUGGUUUGGUUUGGUAUGGUUUGUUAUGGUUUGGUUUGGUUUGGUUCAGUUUGGUUUGGUUUGGUUUGGUUUGAUAUGGUUUGGUAUGGUAUGGUUUGGUAUGGUUUGGUUUGGUUUGGUUUGAUAUGGUUUGGUUUGGUUUGGUAUGGUAUGGUUUGGUUUGGUUUGGUUCAGUUUGGUUUGGUAUGGUUUGAUAUGGUUUGGUUUGGUAUGGUUUGGUAUGGUUUGGUAUGGUUUGGUAUGGUUUGGUUUGGUAUGGUUUGGUUUGGUAUGGUUUGGUAUGGUUUGGUUUGGUAUGGUUUGGUAUGGUUUGGUAUGGUAUGGUUUGGUUUGGUAUGGUUCAGUUUGGUUUGGUAUGGUUUGAUAUGGUUUGGUUUGGUAUGGUUUGAUAUGGUUUGGUUUGGUAUGGUUUGGUAUGGUUUGGUCUGGUCUGGUUUGGUUUGGUUUGGUAUGGUUUGA